ACAAAAAGCCUGCAUUCUGAUUGGUUGAAAGUUGUGGGCUGAUGCCUGCUGCUUAUAAAUAUUCAUGAAGGCUUUGUACCACUCUGAGGUAAAGCCAGAAGAGUCGGGAUUUCACCGGGUUUGCGCUCGAGCGCGUGGUUUUCCGUAGAUACGGUCUCGGUGGAGUUUAAUGCUGAAAAGAUCAACAGACACGACAGACACGGAGCGCGUGAGGACGUCAGAAGGUUGGCUUUUUUCUUCUGAAGGUCAGUGUUAUGCGCGUGCACACCGGACACCGGACACGCUGCGGUUGUGCUCCUCGGGAACAUCACUCAGCAGCACGAGCUGGACGUUAAUGGGACGGAAGUAGAUUUUUUUUUUCUUUGUAAAUCGGUUGCAGUGGUUUUUUUGGACGUUGUUUAGUGAAGUCGGGUCGCUGUACCGUAUCCGCUUAAACGUUAGAUAAGCGUUAAGGCGUUAAGCGGCGUCUCGCGCGCAGGAUGAUGCAAAUCUGCGACUCGUGCAACCAAAAGAACUCGCUGUUCAGCGCGAUGACGCGCUUCAUCGGCGCCGUGAAUAACAUGGACCAGACGGUGAUGGUGCCCAGCCUGCUGCGGGACGUGCCGCUGGACGACGCGGCGCGAGGAGAGGUGAAGAGUCCGGCGCGCGCUGUCCCCGCCGCCCCCUGCGCGGGCUCCGGCACCGCCGUGCACCCGGUACCGGCCGCGUACUUCCGCACGGACGACAUGUACGGCUACUACGUGCUGCUCAAGUCCAUCCGCAACGACAUCGAGUGGGGCGUGCUGCAGGGCGACGAGCGGCGCAAAGACCCCGCGCGCCUCGAGCCGGACGGCGAGGACCUCGAGCAGCUCUUCCGCUUCCACCUGAACGGCCUGCACGCCGUGCUCGCGGAGCUCACGCGCAAGGCCAACACGCUCACGAACCGGUACAAGCAGGAGAUCGGCAUCGGCGGCUGCGGGCUGUGAACUCACACACACACACACACACACACACACACUAAUUCACUCACACACGCACUAAUUCACUCAUACA